AUUUCUUAUCAUAUACAGAAGAAUUCAGACCAAGCAAAGACUUUUUUUCGCUAAUUUCGUGAUCAGAAAUAUUCCAAAAGCACAUAAAUUUAUAGUAGACAAGCUUGUACGUGGUACGAAGAAUUUUCUUUCAGUUAUGGUAUAUGUAGACUCUAACACUUUCGAUUUAGUUUUUUGAACCGGAAAGUCCAGUUACUUAGUUAGUUACUUAGUUUAGAUCUUUUUCUCAAAGAAUACUACAUUUUUUUUAUAAUUGUGAAUUCGAGUUUCUUCUUAUAAGCUUUUUAUUGUAUUUUUCUUGUACGUGUUUAAUGAUAUUCAAUUGCAUGGAAUAAUAGGUGAGCUAACAUUUUUAUCAGUUGAAAUGAAAUCUAUACUAUUUAAAGAAUCCCCCCUAUUGCAAAAUAGCUUUAAUUACGUUGAUUUUGCAAAUAAAAAAUGCCAAACGUGUAGGUUAGUUAGUAAAGCAUAUAUUAAAAAGGUCAUUUUGACUUUUUGCAUAAAUUAAGAAAUUAGUUUUUUUAAAAAAUCAUUUUUAUUUAUCACUAAUACAUUAAAAAAAAGUUUCUCUCCAACUAAUACAUUAGAAUAGUGAAGUUAAAAUUGGAAUAUUGUUUACGAAUUUGUAUUGGAAAUAUAAAGCGACAUUUUUUUGUGAAACAAAAUUAAAAUGAUAGAAUGGCAAUGAGUAAUAUUUAUUCAUCAAACAUAAAAGCAAUUAAUAUACAUAAAUAUUAACUCUUUUGUAGGCUAACAAUAAAAAGUGUAUAUAGAGCAUAACGUUUAAAAUGAAGUGUGCAAACCUAAAUCAAGAAAGGAUUGGUUAUUCCAACAAAAGCCAUGCAAGUUUGUUACUGAAUCAUCUCAAGAAUAAAACUGUUCCAGUGUCUACCCAGGCAUUUUAACAGAAACACAACUUUUUAAAAACAAAUUAAUUAAAAAAACAUGCGGUAGAAACUCCAACCAAAACCUCUUUUUAUUACCCUCUGCUUUCUACUAUUCUACCAUAUAAAAUUUCACAAGAAAAUCUUCUCCCCAGGCAUAUAAGGAAGAAAGAUAUCUGAGGUUAAUUUUCACAAAUCCUUUGAAAUCAAUCAUUCUAUAGAUUGAUAUUUUGUAUCAGCGCCAUAAUUAACCAAAACGUUAGAGAUCAUAACAAAAAGAGCGAGAAAAUGGUGAGGGUUGGUGAAGCAUUGAGUGUAUCAACCUCAUCUUGUUCAUCUCUCUACGAUAGUGAAGUUGAAGAGCUUCAAAAGAUGCCACUAGAACCACCGAAGAAGCCCAAGAAACGUCUCUCUAAGCAACUCUCGAUGCUGGAGACCAAAAGAGACAUUGCAUGGGAGCGUCGUCGCCGCCAGAUGCUCCAUCACCUCCAGAGGAAGCAAAUAAACGAAGGAGAAGAUAUUGACUUAACGGACGAGGACUUGAGUGAGCUCAAAGGUUCCAUUGAGUUAGGGUUUGGUUUUAACGAGGAGCAAGGUCAACAGCUUACGACCACAUUGCCUGCGUUAGACCUUUACUUCGCUGUGACACGUCAGAUCUCGCCGGUUUCAACACCAGGAAGCAGUGGAUCUUCGUCCUCAAGACUUACUUCUCUUGGAGACCAUUCCUCCUCUUUUGGUAGUCCUAUCAGCGACUCAUCAGAUGGAUUGAAACUUUUGUCUCCAGGAGAUAAUCCCCAACAGGUUAAAACGAGGCUGAGGCAUUGGGCACAAGCUGUGGCAUGUUCUGUGAUACAACAUAAUUAAGCAGACAAGUGAGAGAUGGAUUUUUACAGAAUGGGACAUGGAAUGAGAGACUAUACAAAAUUUGGUUGAGGCAAAGGAAGUGGUGUGGUAUAGUGGAAGCUUAUGAGACAGAGAAGGGCACAUUUAUUGAAGUUUCAAACUAAAAGAAGAAAUGAGAAAGAUGCAUGUUAUUCUCCAACUUUUAUUUUCAGCAUAGAUAGAUAUUAGGUUUUUGCUUAUCUUCCUUUUCCAUCUUCACUCUUUUUCUUUUUUUAAUUUAUCUUUAGUAAAUUUGUCCUCUAUCAAACUUGUUUUCUAAUGUCAAAUACAAAUGUGCUUCCUUAUUUUAGGCGAGAAAUAAGAGUUUUAAUCCAGAAAAGAUGAUAAUAUCUUAUUAUUUUACAAUCUUGAAGUUCUUUAUUUAGCUUUUUAGUCAUACAAACCA